AGUACGCAGACCGCAUCGCGGGGAGCCCAGUUGAUCUGGAUGAUCACAGACGUACAGUUCGCCAUCUUUGCCAACACGUUGGGCAUGUUGCUCUUUCUGCUUGUCGUUCUCUAUCACUAUGUGACCGUCAACAAUCCCAAGAAAUAG